AUGUCUCGCAACUGCUUGGCUAAUCAAAAUUUGGUCAUUAUGCCACCGGCCCGUGCCAAGUACACCCCACGUGACUGGGAUCUGAACAACCGUACGAAGAAUAACUUUUCCCUAAACCAGCAAACCCUUGCUGAGCGGAUUAUUUGUGAAAGUGAGCGGCUGAUCGAUGAGACUAAAUUUACGACUGAACUGAACAAAAAUGAAUCGGACUUCCGGUUGAAGGAGCGAAUUUGCGACAUCAAGUUUCGGCUGGAUGAGUUGAAAAAACAGAAGAAGGAUGCCCACGUUGAGGAGGAAGCACUGAAGGUGUACAAGCAACGAACGAUUGAUGCCAUCAAUACGUUGAAGGAAAUUGCUCUACCGCUGACCCAGAAGUGCAUUAUAAUGCGAGAAAUGCGUCAGGGUGUUGAUUUGGUACUGGAUGAUGUUGAUAAAGAAUUGAGACAGGAGUUGGAUGUUAUAAAUGGGGCAUUAGGAAUGCUGCACAAGCUGAUGGAUGAAGGAAUUGAACAACUUAGAAGGUUGCGAGCUACGAUUUAUCUGCUGGAUAGAGAUUUGUCCCAUAAGGAGAAAUCAAUACAGAUUGAUGAGAAAAACAUCGAACUACGACACAAUCAGCUUGGAAUGCAUGUCUACGAUGGAACGGUCCCGCUGGAUCCAUAUAAUAACACGGAUCCCGAGUGGAUCAACGUCACUAACACCAACAUCGCAAACACGGCUAAGGAGAUCAACUCGGCUCAAACGAUGCGAUCCUACAUUGAUCAGGUGCUGAAACAGGCUGCCGAAGAUAUUCGCCAGCAGGUGGAACGUACGAACGCUGCUUUCGGAAAACGGAUCUCCGAAAUGCGCUACACCAAGAUCAAGCUGGAGAACAUCCACAAGGAAACGGUCCAUCAGGUAAACGAACUUACACGAAACGUCACCAAGCUGGAAAAGGAAAUCGCCGAAAAGGAGGGCUACGUUGCACUAGCUCAGGUGCGGAUGGCUAACCGGGCGCACAGACCCGGCUUCGAACUGUGCAAGGACAAUGUCUACAAUAGUUUGAAAAAGGAAAUGGCCGCUCUGCGGGAAACUAUAGCGAAGCUCGAUCAGAUGCUGGUGCAGUCCAGGGCAACGCUCAGAUAUCUGCUGAACACCCAAGUCAUGCAGGAGGAGGAGAUCAAUUUGAAAACCUCGUCACUCAAAAUAGACGAAGCGGACUGCAUGACGCUGAGAGAGAGUUUGAAUUUUCAAAAUUUCUAA